AUGGCGCUUCAGCAACCCUCGCCCACCGUCAAGCUUGAGGCCUCGACCGAGCCGCUCAUCUCGACGCUUCCCAGCGAGGGCCUCUUCCGGUCACCCAGCCCUUCGUCUCCCGCGCCCACCACGAUGAACCCCAUGGACAUGAUGACGCCCGAGCCCACAGCCGACGACCAGCGGUUAUCUUCAGUUCCUGAGGAUCAGUCAGAGACCCCUGGGCCCACGUCGGAAAAGAAGUCUUCCAAGAAGCGAAAAUCAUGGGGCCAAGUCUUACCCGAGCCCAAAACCAACCUCCCUCCGAGGAAACGAGCCAAGACGGAGGACGAAAAGGAGCAGCGGCGUGUCGAGCGCGUUCUCCGCAACCGUCGCGCCGCCCAGUCUUCUCGUGAGCGCAAGAGGCUCGAGGUUGAGGCUCUCGAGAUCCGGAACAAGGAGCUCGAGAACUUACUUCUCAACGCCCGAAAGGCAAACCUGAUGCUCGUCGAAGAGCUCAACCGCUUCCGGCGCGACUCGGGUGUCGUCACCCGCUCUUCUUCACCUCUAGACUCGCUCCGCGACAACCCCAUCACCCUGUCGCAGCAGCUCUUUGGCUCCCAAGACGAGCUCAAGCCCGCCCCUGAGCACUCUAACCUCGGCGAGCUGAUGAUGUCGUCUGCCAAUCCCACCGUCAACCCCGCCUCCCUCUCUCCCGAGCUUACCCCCGUCCCGGACCUGGCCCCGACGUCCGCCCCUGUCAAGACAGAAGCGCAGCCCGGCCAACAGACCACGGCCACCUCCCCCGACUUGACACAACGUCCUGCAGAGAUGUUGUGCGACCUGCGGUGUCAUACGUCGGCGGAGGAUGAUGCUCCUUUCAGCCUCGGCGAUUCUCUCGGCCUGUCAUCGGCCCUUGGUGCAGAUCGCUAUGUCCUCGAAAGCGGGCUUCUCGCUUCUCCCAUCUCCUCAACUCUUGACGACGAUUAUCUGGUUGGUGACUCUGCCGCCGACCUCUCGGCCCAGUCAGCCUUCGACUUCUUCAACAUCGACGACUUCCUCAACGACGAGGCAAACCACGCCGCCUCAGACUUUGUGGCAGCGAGCGAUGACGCCGCUGCGGACCACGGCCUCGAGCCCCAAGUCCACGACUCUGAGAUUCAAGUCUCUUAG